UCAGAGCUUAAUCUCUUCUGAUUUUGCUAACAGAGCAUGUCAAACAUGACUUCUCCUCGUUUGCACUUCCAGUGCCCAUAAUGUCACCAUAUUUGAGAGUUGACAUUUAGUCAAGGAGCCAAGUGUGCAGCCUACAUUGGAAGGAGAGUGUGUGUGGCUUCUGCACCUCCGGAUAGAUUUACUCCCCGACUGACGCGUUGUGUACGGUUGGCUGGUGAAACCGUGAUGCUGACGAGGUCGACGCCGCAUGCUCCCCCGCUGUGGUCGCGUUUCAGUUUACAGAUUUCUGCCUUUGUACGGGAGCUUGAGGGGGGGGGGGGUAUUCUUUUAUGCAUCCUGUAUCUGUGCAACUGCACGGGAGUCAAAGUAAACACCACGCAGAGAUCAGAGGAGAAAUGAGACUGGGAGGAGGGGAUGCAGGGAAGGAGGGAUGGAGAGAGGGAGGGAGAGAAGGUGAUGGUGGGGGUUAGGCUGUUUGUGUGACACUGGGAGAGAAACAGUCGGAAGGAGAAGGAGGAAGAAGAAAAAGAAGAAGAAAGGAUCCUGUGUGUGCGUUUGUUUCACCUGCUAAUCAGUCUUCCUUGGGGACCCAUCAGCAGCAGCAUCAGUGGAGGAAAGUAAGGAGGAAAAGAAACGUCUCCCAUCAUAAACCCGAACCUCAGACGAAUUCCGUCUCUGAAAAGGCUCCAUGGUUAGAAAAGAGAGCAGGCAGCUGGAAAGCAGACGCAUGGAGACACACGUGAUGCAUCCCCUCUCUCUGCACUGUCGCCGCGUGAACGAGCUACCUUACAAAUUUCACAGUUCAAAGGCUUUAAUGAGCUGCUGCAGCCUGUCCAUCAUCCUGGAGCGGGAGAGCACCUUAGCGAACCCAGCGGUCAAAAAUGAUGGCUCCUCUACACGCUUGUCUUUCAUCGCAUCACACAGACAACAAAAGGAGAAUGUUAUUUUUAGCAGCAUCUUUGAAUUUGCAUAUUUACAGUGUGAGCGUGCGCUUAAUAAGAGAGAGAGGAAAAAAAGUACUGUUAUGUUGUAGGAGACGCUGGAAUUUUACAAUGCUUUGCAAAAACAGCCAGCCACAAGAUUCAGUGAAUUUUGGUGUGAUUUUAUCUAACAGACCAAUUCAAAGCAGUUCUUAAUUAUGAAGAAGAAGAAAAAGGAUGCUUGGUUUCAUUUUUUUUUUUUUUUACAAGUAAAAAUCUGACAUUUGUAUUCGGUUAAUCUAAUGUCCCUAAGCAAAACCCAGAAGUCACGUAAUAUAAAGUCAUCAAUUUAAUCUCAGUAUAAAUCCAGCUGUUCUGUGAAGGCCUCAGGCCUUUAUCAGAGAACAUUAACAAACAGGCAACGUCAAGCCCAACGAUCACAGCACACAAAGAAGCUUAAAGCAGGGUUAAGUUAUAAAAUAACAUCAGAAAAGCUUUAAACAUCUCACAGAGCUCUGAUAAAUCCAUCAAGACGACGGCACACCUGCUGCCCUACAAAAACACAACCCUCCACCUGAAGUGGUUCACUUGGCAAUGAGAGAGGAGCAACCUAGAGAUGCCUGGUAACACCUGAGCUGCUCCAUUGGUCUGUACUCCAUACAUCUGGCCUUCAUGCAAGAAGAGGCAUGAAAACUGCCGCCACUGUCAUAGGAAGCCAGCAUGUCAGGGUCAAAGUAAAGGUCACGGCCAACAUUUACAGAAGGUGCUCCGAUCAGACAAAACCAAAGCUGUUUUUUUUUUUCUUCCUGUACGUCAGAAUUUUUUUUUUACACUGUAAGAUCCAGGUCUCACCUUCUUCUCGGUGAAACAUUGUGGCGGCAGCAUCAAGGUGUGGGGAUGCUCACCUUCAGGUCAGACGUGAAAACUUUUCAGAGUUGAUGAAAAUAUGGAUGGAGUUAAACACAAGGCAAUCCUGGACUUAAAAAAAAAAAAAAAAAAAAACUUUUGAUGCUACAAAAGAUUUAGACUGGGUGUUAGAUUUACCCUCAGAGGAAAAUACCAAUAUGUGUCGCUUUUAAAAAAAAAAAAAAAAAACUUGAGAGAAUCAUAAAUAUUUUUCUUCCACUUGACAUUUUUGUGCUAUCUGUUUUAUGACACGUCACAUGUAGAUCAAAAUACAUACUGUAAGGCACUGCGGUCAGCUAUAUUGUAAAAGAAGAUUGCAAAGUUCCAGUUGGAUGAUUAUUACUGGAAAACUACAGAGGAGUGGAUGCCUCUGGGGGGAAACUCAGCCAAAGUGCAUCCACUGCGGAGUCUUCCCAUCAGUUAAGAGGCGAGAAAGCGGGAGCUAAUGAAACAAACACAGACUGACCAGCAGAUUGCUCCCGGCUUAAUGCUCUGGGCUGUGUGUGCAGCCACCUGAAUCAAGUAGGCAGCGAUGAAGAUAUGACCGUACAUCACUUGCUGCUGCUGGGGUGCAAGCCUCCCCAAUUUUGGCAAUAUGAAGCCACUUUUCUUUCACUUGUUCAGCCGUUUUGUGCAAAUUCCAGCAGGGAGGGGUGGUAGAAAUAUUUAAUAAGUUUCCUAUAGUCUUAACUCCUGCUGACACGUGCAGAAAAGGGGCUUGUUUGUGACCCCCUUCCCCGAGAAUCACAGGAGAAGACUGUGAGGGAGGCUGCUGAUGAGUGGUUGCCUGGAGACUGCUGUAGGUGGAUUAUGAAAUGCACAGGCAAAACAGAGGCUACUCACUCCGCUGGGAGCGUAUUGAGUUGUGUAAUAACUGGAAAUGUCAGUUGAGGGCAAGAAGAGGGAGGUGGAGUAGAAAAAUGUUUGGAGAGUGAAUAAAAAGGCAGCCACACAAAUCCCUAAAUGAGUCUAAUUAAAUUCUGCCUGAAAACGUGUUCAUCCAUGAUGUUUUCCGCUGCUGCUCAGAGCUGACUCCGGUGACACUGUCUGAGGAGAUUCUGCACAGAUCAAGGCAUUGCUAUCACAGCCUGUGUUUAGACCAGCCUAACCGUGUGUGUUUAUCUCCUAAUCUAAUGGCAGAUGACAGAAAUGGACGCCCCUCUCGCCACUCCGUGCAACAUCCAGAUCUGUGAGGUGACCUGUGACUCUUUCCGCAUCAUGUGGGAUAUGCCUCCAGAGGACACAGCCAGAGCAACGCAUUUCUUCAUCGACCUGAGCCGCAAAGAGAACAGGGAUCCGAACCGCUUCAAACACAGGGAUGUCCCAACCAAGCUGGUGGCCAAGGCUGUCCCACUGCCCAUGGCGGUGAGAGGACACUGGUUCCUCAGCCCGCGGACGGAGUACUGUGUCGCCGUCCAGACAGCCGUCAGGCAGUCGGACGGUGACUACCUAGUGUCAGAGUGGAGCCCGGUGGUGGAGUUCUGCACUGGAGACUAUGCUAUGGAACACCUUCAGCAGCUUCUCGACAAGGCCAGCGGUCCUGCAGGACGACUGCUGAGAUUCUCUGUGUUCUAUCGCAACCAGCAUCCACAAUACUUUGACUAUGUCAGGAGGCAAUGUGGGGGACUGAUGCGUCCGGCCAUGAAAGACACCAGCGGGAGUCAUGGCUCUCCAAUCAAUGGCAAGCUCCAAGGAGUCUUCUUCAGCUGCAACACGGAGUUUGACACAGGGCUCCCUCCCAAAGACUCUCCGUACGGCCCCCUCAGAUUCCACAUUCCAGCUGGAGUCCUGCUGAACCCAAACACCUGCCUGUACUUUGCAGACUUUUACUGCAUGUACACGGCAUAUCACUACGUGGUGCUGGUGCUGGCGCCUGUGGGCACAGAGGGAGACGACUUCUGUCGCACCCGCCUGCCGAGGCUGGACUUGGCCUCCAACCCCUUUCUGACCUACACUGCCCCCCAGAGGCAGGGGGAGGAGCCUGUGUACUGCCACGCCAGUGACGUGAUCCUGGAAGUGCUUUUCACGGAGCCGGUUCACGUGGAUCAGGGCAGCGUGGAGCAGAUCAGUGGGCACCACCAGCUGAUGAGUCUGACCACAGCAAAUGCCAAGAAAGAUCCAAGCUGCAAAGUGUGCAACAUCAGCGUGGGACGCUGAGGGAACCCCUGAUAAGUUGAUUUUGAGUCGACAGUUCGAAAAGACCCAGAAUUGGACAAAACAGCCGAGGAAACUAUGGGCUAGUCAGAGGAUGGUGGAGAAAUAAAUCUCUUGAACUGUGUUAAAGCUGCUUCCCACCCCACCUCCACCCUGAAUUGGAGGAGUUUUUUUAUAUCGACCCCUUGGAUAAUAUAUAUUACAGAGCUCUAUAGUUACUCUUCACGUGUCUUCAUGUGUUCUCCUGCGUCCACAACGUUUCUGUUUCGUCAUUUGUUCCGCCGUGAGUUUGAUGUUACUGCCUUCCAGAAAUGUGAGUUUCAGAAAAAAAGAACGUUGCACAGAUCUUUUUGUUGACUUCUCGGGAUUCCCUCUCUGCCAGCAUUUCUGCCACCUAUGACCUAAAGAUGCAGACUAAUGUGUUGCCCCCUGGCUAAAGAUGCGCAAAAAGCCUUAAAAUAAAUUCUUCUAACUCAUUGAAGUUUCUCUUUUCCUUUUAGAAAAGUCCUACGACUUUAAUUUGUGGACAUUUAUUCAGUGGGGCGAAACACAAUGUUAAAAUAGAAUUGCUUUUAACAUAUCCAUUGGUGGCAAAAUCACUGGUAACCCUGCUGUCAAAUACUUUGUACAACCUUUGUUUGCAAAAAGGACAGUACUCAGUCUCUCCUACAACAUUUCUGAUAGUGGGAUAUCAUACACAUAUUUCCUUGACCACUGCAUUUUCCAUAAUGUCCAUGGAAGAGGGUAGGUUUUGUUUGUGAUAAACUCGUCUUUAUUCCCAAUGACAACCUAUUUUAGUUGGAUUUCCUGCUGUUUCAAAUUGCUGAUGAAGCCAUCACUCUAACAAAGUUUCAUAGGGAAUGCACAUGCAUGCAUACAUACACAUUGCACAUCGUGAAUGGAUUUGGAUAAUGCGUCAGUAAGCUUACAAUGCACAGGCAGUAACAGUAUGUGAAACGUUGUAGGCCUCAUAAACAGUGGAUUGACUAUGCAGUUAUAUGUAUAUAUUAAAAAUCAUAUCAGUCUCAUUAAAAUAUAUUUAUAUCAAUUGCACAUAUGUCAAAAACCUGUCUAUCUGGAGCGUGAAUUAUCUCUGUAUGCUGCACACUUCAAGAAAGGAAUGAGAGGAAAAUGUUACAAAAACACACUGUAGUUAUUCUUACAUCACAAUACCAACAUUUUAAUUUGAAAUCAAAAUGUUAAUUUUAACAAUAAUGAAACUAUUUAUUUACAAAGAAACAAGAAACACAUAUCUUAAUGGGAAAUUCUGAGGUUAACUUAGAACGUGUGUAUUUUUUGCUGAUUCGUUACUUGAUUUGUUUAAUUCAGAAUUUUGAUUUUCUAGAUACCUGCUUUAUCUUCAAGGAGACAUUUGGGGGAAAGAAACAGAGGAAUGAACUGUAAGUGUGCCACAUUUGGUCCUUCAUCUCUGGUCACCCUCGAGAGCCGCAAAGCGGUAUCCUAGUUUGGUCCAACGUCAGCCUGAGCUGUCAUCUCUCUCUGAGAAUGGAAUUAGAGGAAGCAGCUCCCACACUGUCAUCUACGGUAGAGAGGGUCACCCUGGGACUGGCUGGGGGUCUCUCUUCUGGUGCUGACCUCUGGUCUCUUGACUUCUGGACUGAAUUGUAACCAAGUAGAGAAAAGUGUCUUGCUGGAAUGUUGAAGAACAUUAAUAUCGAUAAAAAUAAAGUAAUCAAAAUUUGACCAAGUUGAUCCAGGCUUGGUUAAUACAACUGAGUAGAAUUAUGUUUUUUGAUUUUGGGUUUCUCUUAGUUCAUCGUUGUGUGUUUCAAUGACUGUCUCCACAUAUUUCCACCAAAUGACACAAAUUCUUCUUUCAAACUGUUUUAGUAUUUUAAUGAGUUUUUAUAACAUUUCAGUGUUUUUGUCUGUUUUUUCAAAUGUCUCUGUUUACGUCUUUCAAAGGGAGAGUAGAUAGUUCUCAUGGUAAUGUGACAAAAAAAUCAUGAAUUAUUAGAAAGUCUAGAGAACUUAGAAUAAAUAAAAAUAUACUUUAAAGAUAGGCGUCACAUCACUGACUUGGUUAAAAACUAUAAUUUCUUGUGAAAUGUUUCUCCCCCACUGAAUAAAUGUCCACUAAAUAACUUCGACUUGACUUUGCCAAGCAUUAUAUUGUGCGAUAAUGCUACAUUGUUUAUAAUGAAUUUUAAGGCUUUUCCUUUACCGACAUCUGUACUUGUUGAAACUCUCUUCCAAUACCUUCAUGUUGUUGUUUCCCACCUUUAUGACAUUACUGUUUUUGUCAUUCGCUGCAGUUUGAUGUUCCUGUUUGUCAGAGACUUAAGUUUCAGUCAAAAAAGUAAAGAAAAACAUACAUAAAUUA